CUCUAUAUCUAAGACACAAGUGGUAUUUUCGGAUUUUAUCUGCGUCUCUAACCUGCGAACUUGGGCUGUGACCGACCAUGGCGGCGAGGAUGUUGCCGAAACGACUACUCUCACUCCUCGUCCGUAACCAGACUCAGCCUCAGACCGGUUUCCUUAAAGAACCUUUUUGGCAAUUUCUUCCUUAUGCAAAUGCACCCUUGAGCAGAUCCGAAUUUUGUAAAAGAGCGAUUCAGACGCAAACAAAUCCUACCAGCCAUGCUAAUGAGGAUUUGGAAAAUCAUGAAGCUGGCACUUUGAAGCCUGAUUGCAACGCAGCUAAUGUUCCCUCCAAUACAAACAGUAAUGACAGCUCAUCUGUGAAGUAUUCUGCUAUUUCCAACCUGAAAGCAUCCUUAAGGCAUGAUCUUGCCAUGAUCUUUACUUGCAAGGUCUGUGAAACAAGAUCUGUCAAAACAGUGUGUCGGGAAUCAUAUGAGAAAGGGGUGGUGGUGGCACGGUGUGGCGGAUGUAAUAAUCUACACCUGAUUGCAGAUCGUCUCGGAUGGUUUGGAGAACCAGGAAGUGUUGAAGAAUACCUGGCUGCUCGUGGCGAAGAAGUGAAGAAAGGUUCUGUUGAUACCCUGAAUCUGACGCUUGAAGAUUUAGCUGGUAGCAAAUGUUGAAAUAUUUAUGUAGCAACAUUUCAGAUGAGGUUGAUGAGUUAUGUAUUACUAUUAUCUGUGAACCUUAUUCUUAUUUUGUUUUGUUAAAAGGGUUUUUUUUUUCUUUAAUCAAGUGACAUAUUCAUGCA